AUGGCGAAGGACAAGAAGAAGGACAAGAAGAAGACUGCGUCCAGCACGGCUGCUGCUGCUGACGAUGGUACCGCAGAUAGCGGCAGCAACAUGAAGAAAGAAGAACAGAAGAGCGCUUCUUCUGCAAGUACUACCGAUACUAGUAGUAGCAGCAGUGGUAAGCAGUCCAAUAUGGCAGUGUACGGUGGUAUCUUGGUGGCCGUGUUGGCCGUGUUGGCGGCUGUGGUGUACCAAUCGUCUCGAAAUAUUUCCCCGGAACAGAUGGAGCUCAUUAGUACGACGGCAUCGACUACCGUCGCGCAGGCGCAACAAGUCGUACUGGGCAAUUAUCAGCACUAUUUUGGAAACAUUCUCGAAUUACUCGAUGACCCUGGUAUUAACACUACACGAUUUCGAGAAACCUGGAACAACAUUCAAACAUCCAUUCGAACGGCAUCUGAAUCCUCCUCAAAAUCCAGCGCCAUCAUUGGCCAUCGCAUGGCACUGGAACGAGUUGACACUACCAUCGCGAGACAUCCGGUAUUCAUGGUCCCGGGAUUUGUCACGUCGGGCUUGGAAUUGUGGGAAGGUCACGACUGUGCCGUCGCAUUCUUUCGACGCAAAAUCUGGGGAUCUCUCGAAACGUUUCGAUCAUUUGCGCAAGAUUCCGAAUGUUGGAAACAACACUUGAGUCUCGAUCCGAUUACCGGUCUCGAUCCCGAUGGCAUUCGAUUGCGACCGUCGCAAGGAUUCGAAUCGGCCGAUUUUUGGACGUCGGCCUUUUGGGUCUGGGAUCGGGUCAUUCGCAAUUUGGCCGCCGUGGGCUACGAUGGAUCCAAUAUGGAUAUGGUAUCGUACGAUUGGCGAUUGUCCUACCCAUUGAUGCAACAGCGAGAUGGACACUUUUCCAAACUCAAAACCAAAAUUGAAUCUUUUGUGGAUUUCUCCGGGAAAAAGGCCGUCAUUAUGGGACAUUCCAUGGGAGCCCCCAAAGUCUUUUUCUUUUUGGUUUGGGUCGGAAAACCAAAGGAAGAAGGGGGUGGUGGAGGUGGCGAUGAUUGGGUCGAACGAUAUAUUCAUGCCUACGUGGACCUGGCGGGGCCCUUGUUGGGGAUCCCCAAGGCAGCAUCGGCGUUGUUGUCGGGAGAAAUGAAAGAUACCAAUAUGCUCAAUCCCGUUGGGUCCCUCAUUGAAGGAACGUACGAAUGGCAAUUGGAUGAGCCGGGCGGUGGAGACGACAUUUGGGGCGUUGCCGCCGAUGUCAAUUGUGGACCCAACAAGGUCCUACGCGGAAAUCACUGUGUGGACAAACAAUCUGCUGGGGAACCCACCCUUACUCCCUUUUUGACAUUCACCGACACGGAGGUACCACAAUAUGAGAGUCCACUCGUAAACAAAUUUGCGGCCAAAGCAACGUGGUCUUUCAAGGACGUCAUGGAAUACCUGUCCGAAUGGAAACAAGGGCAUCAUGGUCCCGAGUCGUUGACCACAGAAAGUCUUGGCGAUUGGAAUGAUCCAACCAAGAGCGGAUUACCCUUUGCACCAUCCCUCAAUGUGUAUUGCAUGUAUGGUGUAGGACUACCCACGGAACGAAUCUUUCAUUAUCGACGACAAGAGUUUGUUGAUGGCGAAGAUGUGCCCUUUGUCAUGAAUGAUACCAUCAAGGACGAUCCUUCCGAAAGUCUCAUGUGGAGUGUUCGAACCGCCAUUGGAGAUGGCACUGUGCCGUUGGUAUCCUUGGGGUACAUGUGUGCCGAGGGUUGGAAACAAGUGUCAAAAGAGGCAGAGGCGAACCCUCUGAAUCCUGGUAAUUCCAGAAUCGUUACUCGAGAGUACGAACAUAGAGGAUCGUUCCAGGUGGACGAUCCAAUGCGACAAGGACCCGAAUCGAGUGAACAUUGCGACUUGUUGGGUAACUACGAAGCGUUGGAGGAUAUGAUCAAGAUUGCCUUGGGUGAAACCGUAGAGCCGCGGAUUGUGUCCAAUAUUGAAGAAAUCACCGAGCAGGUUCGUGCCAACAAACGCAGACGACAACUUGAAGAGAGUAAAUAG